UGUUUUCGUUAGUCGUUACUGCUUUUAAUUACCGUAUAAUCAAACGACGCUCAUAUGCGUGCUGUGGAGGAAUAUGAUUAGUCAGACUUGUCCAAUCUUGGUGGGUAGAACGUUCGCAAUCUUGGAUUUGCUUUUUUCUCUUGUUGUGUUCUUCAUCUGGACUAGGGUGCGGCAUUAGUGGAUAAGUUUUGUUGAAUUUAUGUUUGCGUUCUCUCGGCGUGUUAAAUGGACGACACCUCGUGCUGAAUUAUUUCACACACUGAAGCAGCUGAUUCGGUGGUUGAAAUUUGAUUUCUGCGUUCCUCCUAGUUUACUUCCAUUGGGCUGUUGUUGUUGCUAUUAAUACAACACUGUAGUGGUUGGUGAACUUUAAUCUAGAUGCCUUUACUUAGACCUUUGGAACUGAGAAAAUAGUCUACUGUGUUAGCACCUUUAUUACGUUUUAAACUCGUUCCUCUUAUUUCUGUAGAUAUGUUGAUUCAAGAUUGAAUACACUUAUCAAUAACAGUAUUAACCAACGUUUUGUUACCACCCAAUAUUAAUAAAUUGGCACGGAAGUCUGAAUUUUUCUGUUCUUAAUAUCACUUCUGUGCUUUCCCUGUACUGAAUUGGUGUUACAAUUUUCUUCAAUUUAUGUCCUGUUAGUUGGGAUUUAUUUACGUGAAGUAAAAGGGACCCGGCUUGUUAAAUUCUGUUUCCAUUUUGUUAAUUGAUAUAACAUUAUGGUAUUUCUAUUUUGUUUUUUAUGUGGACUUCUCCCACUGACGACCUUAGAUAAUGAUGUUGCCCCAAGAGUAUUAACACUAAUGUUUUAUAUGACCACGUUCUUAAAUAUGUUGAUAAGAAAGGCAGUAAACUUUUGCACCAUUCCUCUUUGGAAUCGGAUGCAACAUAAUUGAGGAUUUCACUGAUCAUCUAAAGUUAAUCCACAGAGGACAUCCUGCAUAUUUUUUCAGGGUUGUUUUCUCAAUGAUGUUAAGAGAGAUGAGUAAGGUAAAAUUAAUCAUGUAUGUCACUCUUGCCUCAUCUCAUGACACACAUGCUUUCUUUAUGAUAGAUGACAAGCGCUUGGACAAAUAUGAGCAUUGCAAUCAUACAUAGGGAUAUAGAAAGGGAAUGGGAGAAUCCUUGUGGAGUUAUGGGUAUUUUUUUUAAAAUGGAGAUGCUUGAUCACUCUCAGAAAAGCUAUGCACUGCUAAAAUUCUGGAGAGGAUGAGGAGAUACAAAAUUUAUUUCAAUAUUAUAAUACCUUUGGAGCAUCUUGGAGCGAAUGAGCAAUGGAAUUGUGGAGCACGGCUCACAUGGAGGAUUGCUCUCUUGGUUUGCUUUGUUGUUUUUGGUUCUACCUUAUUUUAAGAGUAAAGUUGUUGAUACAGAUGGCAAUUGUUGUAGAAGAUGGUUGUUCUAUCCUUUUGAUGAUUCAUUUAAUAGAUGUAUGAUGUUAUGACAUAACAUGUGCAGGAAUAAUAUUUCAAACACUCGGACUAAUUUGUUUCCUUGAAGAUGAGUAGUCGUUUUUCCCGCACGAUAUAUGUUGGAAACUUGCCCUCGGACAUAAGAGAGAAUGAAAUUGAAGAUUUGUUCUACAAGUAUGGUCGAAUUUUGGAUAUUGAAUUGAAGAUUCCGCCGCGCCCUCCAUGUUAUUGUUUUGUGGAGUUUGAGAAUGUUAGGGAUGCAGAAGAUGCAAUUCGAGGUCGUGAUGGAUAUAAUUUUGAUGGUUGCCGCCUAAGGGUUGAACUUGCACAUGGUGGUAGAGGCCCUUCAUCAAGUGAUCAUCGUAGCAAUUAUGGUGGCAGUGGUGGUGGUGGUGGUGGUGGUGGUGGAGGACGUUUUGGUGUUUCAAAACGAUCAGAAUAUCGAGUUAUUGUACGGGGACUCCCAUCUUCUGCUUCUUGGCAGGAUUUGAAGGAUCAUAUGCGCAAGGCUGGUGAUGUGUGUUUUGCUGAAGUUUCCCAUGACAGCGAAGGGACAUUUGGGACUGUUGAUUAUACAAACUAUGACGACAUGAAGUAUGCUAUUCGAAAACUUGACGAUACAGAAUUCAAAAAUCCUUGGGCAAGAGCAUACAUUCGGGUGAAAAAGUACGAAGGCAGUCCCACUAGGGGUCGGAGCAGAAACAGAAGCAGAAGCCGUAGUAGGAGCCGGAGCCGGAGCCGAAGCCGAAGCCGAAGUGCGAGGCGAAAUAGGAGCAAAUCAGCCGAACAAUCUGUUUCUAGAUCAGUUUCAAGAUCAAGAUCUCUAUCCCCUGUUAAAUCUUCAAGACGACGUUCAAAAUCAAGAUCUGGAUCACCACGUGAGGCACGAGAAGGUAGCGGAUGAUAAUAUGAAGCUAUAAUGAUAGGAACGGUUGUUAUAAUAUCGACGAAUGCAACAUUCGGUUGGAUUUCAUGUUAGUUUAGGACCUAUUAUAUGCUUGACUGGUUAUGAGGAGUUGAGUUAUCUGAAGAAUAUGGCUUGAGUUGUAUGGAUAUCUUUCAAAUCCUUCUCAUGUAUUUGACCUUACCUACCAUCAUUUUGUUUGGAGACAUCUUAAGGUAUUUGCAUGUCUUAAGUUUCUUGCUCA